GCGUGCCUUCGCCUGGCGGCCAAGCUGCUCCGCGUCGCGGCUUUCCGCGGCUGGGUCCGAGGUCCUGUGACUCGGCUCUCCCCUUGCAAGACCGCACCGCCGCGUGACCCGAGUCGACGGUCGGGACUCCAUCGUCGCCCUCUGCCCCUGUCGCCCCCUCAGGCUCUCGAGACCGGCCCCUGACCACCUGUCCGGCUCGUGCAACAUGCGGCCCCUGGGCCUCGAUGGUACCUCCCCGCCCUGCCGGCGACCUCUGCUGCGUCUGCUGCUCCUGCUGUCGCUGCUGCCGUCGCUGCCGCCGCCCUUAACGCGCGCCCAGACCGCUCAGGGAACCCCCAGCGCCCCGACUACGCCGGCCACCUCCAGCACCCCAAGUCUGCGGAAGCGCGCGCGGGCUCUGAUGCGAGACUUCCCUCUCGUGGACGGCCACAAUGACAUGCCCCUUGUCCUGAGGCAGUUUUAUGGCAACAGGCUACAGGAUGUUAAUCUGCGCAAUUUCAGCCAUGGCCAGACCAGCCUGGACAGGCUUAGAGACGGUCUCGUGGGUGCCCAGUUCUGGUCAGCCUACGUCCCAUGCGAGACCCAGGAAAGGGAUGCUGUGCGCCUCACCCUGGAGCAGAUUGACCUCAUUCGCCGCAUGUGUGCCUCCUAUUCUGAGUUGGAGCUUGUGACCUCAGUUAAAGCUCUGAACAAUACACGGAAGUUGGCUUGCCUCAUUGGUGUGGAGGGUGGCCACUCGCUGGACAGUAGCCUUUCCGUCCUGCGUACAUUCUAUGUGCUGGGUGUGCGCUACCUGACGCUCACUCACACCUGCAACACACCCUGGGCAGAGAGCUCAUCUAAGGGCAUCCAUCCCUUCUAUAGCAGUGUCAGUGGGCUGACCAGCUUUGGUGAGAAAGUGGUGAUUGAAAUGAACCGCUUGGGCAUGAUGGUAGAUUUGUCCCACGUCUCUGACACUGUGGCACGGCGAGCCUUGGAAGUGUCACAGGCACCUGUGAUCUUCUCCCACUCAGCUGCCCAGGGUGUGUGCAAGAAUGCCAGGAACAUUCCUGAUGACAUCCUGCAGCUUCUGAAGAAGAAUGGUGGUAUCGUGAUGGUGUCUUUGUCAGCGGGGGUGCUGCAGUGCAACCUGUUAGCCAAUGUGUCCACUGUGGCAGAUCACUUUGACUACAUCAAGGCAGUCAUUGGAUCCAAGUUCAUUGGGAUUGGUGGAGAUUAUGAUGGGGCUAAAGGGUUCCCUCAGGGGCUGGAGGACGUGUCCACAUACCCAGUUCUGAUAGAAGAGUUGCUGAGUCGUGGCUGGAGUGAGGAAGAGCUCCAGGGUGUCCUUCGUGGAAACCUGCUGCGGGUCUUUGGACAGGUGGAACAGGUACGGGAGACAAGCAAGGGGCAAAGCCCCUUGGAGGAUGAAUUCCCGGAUGAGCAGCUGGGCAGUUCUUGCCGCUCUGUUCUCUCACGUCUGCCUCAGACACGGUGUCUGGCUCGAGACCAGAAACUAACUGAGACUUCGGCACAUUGGGCACCUAAGUGUUCACCUAAACAGUUAUUGUCAAAAUCUUCCCCCAACGUGGCCCCAAGCCUCACAGUUAUUGCUGCCUUUUCAGUCCUCAUUCUGUGGCUCUGGUGACUCAGUUAAUCCUACCAGAUGUUACUAUGGCAGUUGUAGAUACCCCACAUUGCCCUCCCCACCCCCCAUCAUGCAGACAGGCACAUUUCCUGAAAAUAAAUGUUUUACACAUGGAAACAGGCAUGAGUGUCCUUCUCUGUGGCGGGGUCUGGUGGUGCCAGCUCCCAAUUCUGGUAGUUAGUGGAGGAACCUGCAGUUCAGCCACCAUUUACUCUAGUAACACCUGAGUCUCACUAGCAUGGCCUGAGAAGGCCCAGAUGGUUGGGCUCAGCACUAGAAGAAGACAAUGAGUAGCUCUGGCUGUGGGAGAGUGGACCUUCCUCUGGGAUGCCUCUCAAUAGCUCACCUCAGUCCACAUCCUGACCCACUGACCACCACCUGGGGAUCUUGAAGGGAACUCUGGUUCAUAUUCCCAAGAAAGGAACCUGCCUGGAUCACAAAUGAUCUUUGUUCCUGUUUGGAUAGAGCCCAGAAUGCCAGGCUACAGGAUAGUACAUGGGCUUCCAAUGACUGAAUUUCCCUGGAUAUAGAUCCACUCCUUGCCCUGCCCUUCAGGGACUUCCUUUCUGAGAGGCACAAGCUACUUAGACAACCACACUAUCUUACCCCCAGGCAAUUAAUGGCAAUAGCAACUCUGUUAAUUAUAGCCAAAAUUAAGAGUUAAUACUCAUGGCAGCAGCUAAUAAUAAUAAAUAACAUGAUAAUAGAUAAUGGCUAAUACAAAUAAUAGUUAAUACUAAUAGCCUAUGCAUACCCCAUGACUGAGCAGUUUUGCCCCAGGUAUAUAUCGCAACGGGAAUGCAUACAUAGGUUUUCCAAAAGGCAUACGAAAUAAUAUUUAAAGCAGUGCUGCUCAUAAUAGCCCCAAACUGUGUACUUUAAAGUUAGACUGCAAGAAGACAAAGACAGGAGAUUGUCUUAAAAACAGUCAUAUUUUUAAAAAAUCAUAUUAAUUUGAGGAACAUCAAUAAAACUGACAAAUGAGUUUUAAUGGAAAUAAUAGAAAUCCAUACACAGUGGAAUAUCUUUAGCCUGAUGAAUGAAAGUAACUACCAAUGUUCCAUUCUAUGCACAGUGAAAAUAUUCUUCAAAAAUGAAGGGAAAGUAAUACAUUUUCAGACCAAUAAAAGCACAGUGAGAAAUUGAAGAUAUACAAAUCAUGAGGCACCUGGGUGGCUCAGUCAGUUAAGCAUCUGACUUCGCCUGAGGUCAUAAUCUCAUGGUCUGUGAGUUUGAGCCCCGAGUCAGGCGCUGCGCUGACAGUUUAGAGUCUGCUUCGGACUCUGUCUCCCCCCCACCCCCUCUCUGCACCUCCCCUGUUUAUGCUUUCUCUCUCUCAAAAAUAAAUAAACAUUUUUUUAAAAACAUAUAGGAACACAUUUUUCCUUUUGCCUCAGCCUCCAAAUUGGCUGUACUCUGCAGUGUACUCAGAAAGUUCCAAUAGUGUUUUCUAUUCAUUUUACCUAUUCCCUCUUUUCUUGACUUCUUUUGGGCGGAUUAAGUAGCACUCUGAGAUGGCCUUAGUCCCUUUACAGACCCUUUCAAGGGGAGCUGAUCCAGCUCACUGUCCAUUUAGGGGAAAAAUGGGAAAAGGUGGUAGAAGAUAGAAGCUUACAGCAGGGCCCUGUGUUGCUAGGGAGCAGACCUCUAAGGACAGGGCCCUGUGAGGUGGUGCAAGUGUUCUAAACAUGAGCUGGCAAGGCUACUCGAUGACAGCCAGAAGUUGCAGACUGCAGCCAACUGUCACUGUUGGAACAGGAAAACCUCUUUCAGUUUGCUCUGUCGCCCCUAUUGACAGAAUGUAACAGGAAACCAGCUAGGCUUCUAGGAAAUGUGGUUUUGAGAGUUUGAGCACCAGGGGCACCUGGGUGGCUCAGUCAGUUAAGUGUUGGACUCUUGAUUUCAGCUUAGGUCAUGAUCUCACAGUUGGUUCUCAUGGGUUUGAGCCCGGAGUUGGGCUCUACACUGACAGUGAGGAGCCUGCUUGGGAUUCUGUCUUUCUCUCUCUCUGCCCCUCUCUUGCCCAAUCUCUCUCGCUCUCUCUCAAAAAUAAAUAAGCAUUAAAAAAAUAGGGGUGUCUGGGUGUCUCAGUCAGUUAAGCAUCUGACUCUUGAUUUCGGUUCAGGUCAUGAUCUCACGGUUGGUGAGUUUGAGCCCCACAUAGGGCUCUACACUAACAGCACAGAGUCUGCUUGGGAUCCUCUCUGUCCCUCUCCCGCUUGUGCGUGCUUUCUCUUUCUCUCAAAAUAAAUAAAUAAACUUUAAAAAUAUAAUUAAGGGACACCUGGGUGGCACAGUUGGUUGUCUGACUUCAGCUCACAUCAUGAUCUCAUGGUUCAAGAGUUUGAGCCCCACAUUGGGUUCUCUGCUGUCAGCACAAGCCUGCUUUGGAUCCUCUGUCCCCUUUCUCACUGCCCCUCCACCGCUCACUCUCUCUCUCUCCCUCCCUCUCUCUCUCUCUCUUUCUC